CACGGAAGGGAGCGGCCGAUCUGGUGCGUGACGCCUCGAGGGUGGGGCCUCACUAUUAAAAGGGGGCAGAGGCGGCGGCGCCGGCCCCAGGCCCCAGCCCUGGCCCACGGAGGGCCGCUUGUUCUGUCUCCUGGACGCCGCGGGAUCGACGUCCGCGGGUCACAGCGGCCACCAUGCAGCUUCUGAUGAGGGUGCCUUCUCUUCCCGAGCGGGGUGAGCUGGACUGCAACAUCUGCUACCGACCCUUCAACCUUGGGGCCCGCGCGCCCCGCCGCCUGCCCGGCACGGCGCGCGCCCGCUGCGGCCACACACUGUGCACCGCUUGCCUGCGGGAGCUGGCGGCCCGGGGCGACGGCAGCCGCACGGCCGCGCGCGUGGUGCGCCUGCGCCGCGCUGUCACGUGCCCGUUCUGCCGCGCGCCCUCCCCGCUCCCGCGCGGCGGCGUCUCGGAGAUCGCGCUGGACCCCGGCUUGUGGUCACGGCUGGAGGAAAAGGCGCGCGCUGAGCGCGAACGAGACCCGAUGGGGAGCCUGGCCAAGGAAAGCGGAGACAACGGAGAGGACGACGGCGGGGACGACAAGAGCGAGAAGGGGGCGGGACCUACAAGUGCGGGUUGGCGCGCGGUUCGCCGAAUCUUGGACAGGGUCCUGGCGCCGGCGCGCCGCUUGCGGCGUCCGUUGCCUAGCAAUGUGCUCUACUGUCCAGAGGUCAAGGACAUUGCCCACAUGACCCAUUGCACGCUGUAACCGAAGAACCUGGGAGCUAUGGCAGAGAAGGCAAGUGGGAGCAGCGUCUUCUUCGGGCGUGAUGUCAAGACUACCUACCCCCUCUGAUGCUGGAAUUGGUAACGUUCGCGAUGGAGUUGAACAGAAGUACCCUAGGUGGUGCGAAUUUGGAGCGGCGGAGCGGCGGAGGCUCCUAGACUGCCAGCUUUACAUUGUGUUCAGGAUGGCCGUGGCCAAAGGCUAAUAGAAACGAAGUGUACCAUAAUGUGGGAAGAAAACAUGCAGAGCUAUAGCUUUCCCAUUUGUUCAGGGAGGCAGUGGUGUAAGCAGCACAUCCUGUUUUAGCAGUGGUCAGUGGUUGGAAAUGUUUACUUUAAAAAAGACAGGACAGGGGGUAAGUUAAUGAUGUCAAUCUCACUUGCCUGGUUAUGUGUGUGUGCUGGCAUGCCAUCUUCCCACUCUUGGUUCCUUGUUCUAGAAGUUACUGUGUCGCCUCUCUGAUUAUAAUUGGAAGCCUUGCAUACACAGUCUCCCUAAGGCAGGUACGAAAAUGUCCAAGUGGUGUUUAUAUGAGGCCUUAAUUAAGGCUUAUCAAGGACGGGUGAGCCACUUGAUAAAGGAAUCAAAAUUUAACCUUUAUCUGUUAUCUUUACAGACUCUGUAGCGAUACUGGGGGAAAAGAUGUUCACAUAAUUUUAAGUUGGUGUCCCAUAAUGGGAUAUUGCUUAUCAUGUGAUUAGUUCUAUUUUAAAGCCCUGUAAAUAUCUUACUGUAGACUUAAAGUCCAGACCAACAGUGUUGGUCUCACAGCUUGCUAGAAGUGCAGAAUUUCAGGACCCCAGUCCACACUCCCUGACUACAUUUUCAGAAUCCCAGGUGAUCUGUGUGUCCGAAAGAAGCACUGGCUUAGAUCUUAGUCACUCCAGGAUGUCGUCACCAUCUGUGGGUGGAACGUUUAAAACACUAACGACAUACUGCUUUAGAGUUCUAAAGUAACAUUCUAUUGUGGAAGAAAUUUUUUUUUCUGAGCUAAAAAUGUGAAUUUACAAUAGACCUCAGUUUUCAGAGGUCUUUAAGAGCUUUUUAUUGACAAUAAUUUAUCUAGUUAUAGAGUAUAGACCUCUGUUUAAAAAGUCUUGUCAUUUUUCCUGUCCUUAAUUUCAGCUCAGUGUUGUCUUUUGGAGUCCCCUCAUGUGUCCGUUGUGAUGUGCCUUAUUGUCAAAUUUCUGUGUAUGUGCUGUCAAAGGGAAUGCUACAUUUAUUUUCCAACAUUUUAUGUUUUCAGUAUUUCCAGAGUGUAAAUUCCAAAUGACUAUCUUCUCUAGGGCCAAAAGCAGUGUUAAUGUAUAAUAUGUACUCAAAAAAAAUGUUUGCUGAAUUUAUUUUUAAUGUAAGUCUCAAGAAUAAAGUAUCUGGGCUCACUCGA